AUGGAUGCAGUAAGAGACGAGAGAGAAGAUGUUUCAACACAAUAUACUGCUGAAUGGCUCAGCAAUGUUCAAAUGCCCCCAAAGGCCCACUCUGUUGUUCAAGAUAUUGAUGAACCCCAUUCGCCUAGAGUUUCUAGGUCUGCCCCUGCAUUAAGUGUCAUGUCAAGGCAAAGUAAUGCAGGCAUCAGUAGAAACAAGUUGCAGUUGCAGUUAAGGCAACUGAAAGAAAAACAACAAUUAGAUAGGGAAGCUCGGCAUUUAGAACUAGAAAUGCAAAGACAAGAAUUAGAACUAGAAAGGAAACGACGAUUCGCUGAGAUUGCAGAAAGGAAGGAAUUGCAAGAAAUGGAAGCUAAGUUAGCACAUGCUAAGCUCUUGGAACAAUUCGAAGUAGAUAGUGAUGAUCAGCUCUCCGAUGAUGGUAACAGAGAACUGAAUAUGACGA